AGUCAUUGUGAGGAAGAAGUCUUAGCAAGUGCUUGCGAGCUCUUUUAGUGUUUAGCAUCGAUUUGUACCAAAUUGAAGGAUGGCACAGUGGGGUGCCAUAUUCUCAAUUAUUGUGGCUCUUGCUGGAGCAGCGCUUUUAUCUUCGAUGCACAAGAUCGAUGAAGGUCACACUGGAGUGUACUACAGGGGAGGAGCUCUCUUGUCCACCACGAGUGGACCUGGUUUCCAUCUUAUGCUUCCAUUUAUCACCUCCUACAAGUCUGUCCAGACGACGCUGCAGACAGAUGAGGUGAAAAACGUUCCCUGUGGCACUAGUGGAGGAGUGAUGAUCUACUUUGACCGCAUAGAGGUUGUGAACUACCUUGUUCCCACAGCAGUGUUUGACAUAGUAAGGAAUUUCACUGCAGAUUACGACAAAGCUUUAAUAUUCAAUAAGGUUCACCAUGAACUCAACCAGUUCUGCAGUGUUCACUCUCUGCAGGAGGUCUACAUUGGCCUGUUUGACCAAAUCGACGAAAACCUGAAACUAACAUUGCAAGAAGAUCUAACAAGCAUGGCACCUGGUCUCAUCAUCCAGGCAGUACGUGUCACAAAGCCCAACAUCCCAGAGAGUAUCCGCAGAAACUACGAGCUCAUGGAGAGUGAGAAGACAAAGCUGUUGAUCUCCCAGCAGACACAGAAGGUUGUUGAGAAAGAGGCAGAGACAGAAAGGAUCAAAGCUCUGAUUGAGGCAGAAAAAGUGGCCCAAGUGGCAGAAAUCAAGUUUGGACAAAAAGUCAUGGAGAAGGAAACCGAGAAAAGGAUCUCAGAAAUUGAAGAUGGGGCUUUCCUGGCACGGCAGAAGGCCAAAGCUGAUGCCGAGUUCUACACUGCACUGAAAGCAGCAGAAGCCAACAAGCUGAAGUUAACACCUGAAUACUUGCAGCUGAUGAAGUACAAGGCCAUCGCCGCCAACAGCAAAAUCUACUUUGGGAAAGACAUACCCCAGAUGUUCCUGGACUCUGCUGGGACCUCACUAAAGGCCUCUGCAGCUGUGGAUCUUGUAGCAGAGCAGAUCUUGGACAUGGAUUAGCAAAGAAGGUAUAUUGGGUCCUAGACAUCCACCUAGGGGUGGUGGACUAGAUGAUGGCAGGCAGCUUCACCUCCAGCCCAGAGACUCUCUGCUGACCAGGGCCCUUAUUUUUACAAGUAUCUCAGAAUCACUGCUUUAAAAAAAAAAUCUGUGUUUCAGUAGGUAUGGAAAACCUCAGAAUAGGACCCUUUCAGGGUGGCCUAAAAUGUUACAUAGCAUCACUGUUGGUGCAUAUGAGGUGGAGAAAAAGAGAGUUUAUACACAUGCACCCAAUUCUUUUUAGCAAGCAAUGAACACAGCUUGUGUGGCAACAAGCAAUCGUUAAUGCUUGCAAUAUAUUACAAUUAUUUUCCACUUCAUAUAACCCCGUCCCAACAAAUCUUACUCAUCCUUGGCCUUUGAAUGUUAUUAUAAAAUGACCAAUUAGUUGAUUGGUUAUAAAAUGCAUGCAAUCUAGUUCUGUUUAAACUAAAAAUAUUGUAAACCCAAACUUUCAAGUGCUAAUUUUAUUUUUUUCUUAUUUUUUUUAAGGUAAUACUAGCUCCUACUUUGAUUAUUCCCCAAUCCAUUUCAUCAUCCAAUCAAAUUUCAGUAUAAAAAAAAAAAAAAAAGAUUAUAAUGGUGUUGUUGUGUGUCAUAUACUGGACCUCAGUCACAGUCUAGCAGCUCGUAGCAUUUACUGAUCAUUUCCCAUUUUUUUACAUGAAGUAGACUAGAACCAAUGCCAGCGUCAUCACUAAAUCACUGAAAUUUCACUUUACUUGUUCCAUGACAAAAGUUGUAAACUCUCACUUGCUUCAAAGUAGAGGCUGACAUUUUUUCAAAAUUCCCACUGGCUGCCGUGGGGUAUGAGUGAAUUUCACUGUUAAUUAUGGGAUUGGGCAGGAGAGGCAAUGAACAUCACCGGGAGCGAGUGGGAGCUAUGACAACAAAGUCACCGGGAGUGGAAACCAUGACGGGAGAAGAAAACAUGGUAUUUGCGGGAUUCUGUAAAAUUUUUGGCUCGGGAUUGGGAUCAAUCUCUGUGGGAGUGGGAGGUGUAGUGGGCAUUGAAAUCCACUCUCGUGUCAGCCUCUACUUCAAAGUACAAGUCUGGACCAAUCGUGUCAGCCUCGACUUCAAAAUACAGGUCUGGACCAAAAUUGUCCCUACUCUGUCAUCUUUUUUGCAUCUUUUCUUUUUCUGUUUUACACUGCAGUGGGUACAUAUACAGUAGCAGUGUGGUAAACCCUUUUUCCCCACAUUGGGUGUGAUCUUUUACAAGUUGUGUAUGAAUGGGACAAAUCUAGUGUGUUUAACCACAGCGAUAGAGGCCACUCAGGAAUUUUGCUUGAGCCCCUAUUGUUGAUGCAUUAUUCUAUGCAGACAUGAGGGUUCUGUCAAUGGCAGACAUAAGAUGGUUUUGUUCCAGUCCAAGCAAAACAGUUCAAUGAAGUAUGACUUGGAAUAUAAGGCUUUAACUAUAAAAUUUGAGUUCUAUUGAUGGAACAGUCUGCGUGUUUGUGGGUAUGUUUUAUUGUGAAUGCUAGUUUUUUUUUACAUUGCAAAAUUUGGUCAGGUGAAAGUGAGUGUGUUCUGUUGUGAAAAGCUGCCUAUAAUAUGCUACAGUUGAACAAAUAUUUGAAAUUGUACUUUUGUUAUCAGAGCUACUGACAAAUGACAUAUUCAGUUUUGUUCAGAAGUAUUUGGAAAAUGAGUUUUGUGCAUUUUUUUUAUUUUUUAAUACGUCACAGUUAAUCAGAAUAGGAUUCAAGUAAUUUGUUGUACUUAACACUAUAUUCAGGGGCUCAGUAGUAUUUGGACCGUAUACUCUCAAAAUGUUGACUGGCCUCAAGUAUUUGGACAAAGGAAGAUAAAUAAGAAGUUAUCUUUUUUUAUGUGGAUGGAUGAAAAAUUCUUUGCAAUCUAUGACUACCUCAAGUCUGGAGUCCAAGAACGUCACCAAAUCUGAGUUUCAUCUCCGGAGGUGCUUUACCAGGCCUUCACUUCUUGUCACCUACCCUUUUUUUGCUUCUUUUAACUUGUUUUUAGGUCAUGACUUCUGUCUUUUGCCUUAACCUUUUUGUUCAGUAAGUGAAAAUCAUGCUCUGUUAAGUUGAGAUCAGACAGAAUCUGAUUUAUUGAAGAAUAUUCCAUGUCUAUAUAUAUAUUUUUUUCCAAUAUGUUUCAGGUAAUCUACCACAUGCACUACGUGCAUCAAUUUUGAAGCAUUGGCUAAAUGUGAGCAGAGUGUAUGGGGCACAGGUGUAAAACUCAAGGCCCUGGGGCCAGAUCCGGCCCGCCAUACAUUUUAUGUGGCUCGUGAAAGUAAAUCAUGUCAACUUCCAUUAUUCUUGCUAAAAUGUGUACCUAAAUUGUAAUAUAAAUAGUGUGUUUAUAUUGCAAGCAUUAUUUUUGUUACCAAACCCCUUUUACGGUAACUUGAACAGUAAUGGAACAAAUCAUUAUCCUUCUGUCUAAAACUAAAACUAGUCAAUUAUCCAUCAGUUUGUAAUGUAUAUGUAAUAUGAUGAGGGGAUUAAACAUUUAUAUUGGUUGGCAGUCAAAAUGCCCUUCUGAGGUAUAGCGUAACUACAAUGUGGCCCGUGACGAAAAUCAGUUUGACACCCCUGGCCACACACCACACUAUUUAUGCUACUUCUGUCAGUAGUCGCAUCAAUAAAGAUCACUAAACCCAUUCAAUUAACAGCCAUUUAAACUGCUAAAACACUGUCUCCACCAUGUUUGACUAAUUAUGUUAAUUUGGAUCAUGAGUUGUUCCUUUUGUUGUUUGAUGUUUUCUUCCAAAAUUUAAUCCGGCUUCGUGUUGUUGUACACACUGUAUUUACAUUCAGGAAGGCAUUUGAUUGUAGAUUUUGUGUGGGGAAGAUAUGCCUUCUCCAGAUUAUCAUCAUGUACCUCUGUGGUCUUUAAGUACAAUAAUAUGUAUACUGUUUUUACAUCUUAAUGAUGGCUCCAGUACCUGAUGUCAACAGCAGACUUAUCUGCUGCAUUUGUCUUGAAGUUACAACAAAAUAGGUUGCACUUGGCCAUUUUAACCUCUUGUGAGUCAGUUGUCCAAAUAUUAUUGAGCCCCUGAACAUGAAUGUACUCCGCAUAAAAUGGCUAUACAGCGGAACCUCGAUAAGACGGACUAAUAGUGACAGGAGGUCGUCUGUUAUAGCCGAUUGUUCGGUACAUUGAAGCACUUUUUCACCAUACUACUGUACAGUACAAAAUUGUUUUGUACUUUUUUCAGGGGCCUAAGAUGCACAGUACAGUAUGAAGCUAUUGUAAAUAUAAAAAAAGCUUAAAUGUUUCAAAAGUUUCUCAAUUAAUCCAAACUUACCGCUGGUGUACUUUAUUUAGAAGUUGACGUACUCCUCAUAGGCGAGUCGCUGUCAUAAGCUGUAAAGAAUAAGUGCUUCCUAGUUCCAACUCUGCUGCCAAAGCCAAAAGAUUUGACGAGAAAAAAAAAAAAAAUGUUACUCUACCAAAAAUAGCAUGUUCCAGACUCUACAGACUUGUCGUAUUCCUCUUCGUGUUAACACCGCAGCCAGCCAUGUGAGCGCUCUCUGCACCACAGAGCACUAAGCUCGAUAUGCUACUGUAAUGGAUGAACUCCUGACGUCAUAGCAGUCAUGUGGAAAUGUCACAUUCCACAUGGCCACCAAGUUGACAUGUCUGUUAGUUGGAUCUAGUCAUAUUGGAUAUCUAUGAACCGGAGACACGCGUCACCGCCAGUAAACCGUGGCCAAUUAUGGAACUAACAGACUGUCAACGGCCAUUGAAGUGAUAAAUGGAAACUAUUUUUGGACACAUUCUUUGGUCCCCAUGGUCCGUUUUAUCCGAUAUCUGUUAUAUCGGAGGGUUUUAUCCCGUUUCCACUAUACUUCCUUAAAUGACAAACAUGGAAACUCUUCAAGGGUUAAAAAAAAAAAAAAAAAAAAAUCUACACUCCUCUU